AUGUCUUCGUCCAGUUUCCUUUCCAUUCGAGCCCUGAUUCAAUUAGCUAUUGAUGAAGGCAAAAAGUAUCCUCGUGCGGUUGACGUCCUCAAACGAGACAUUUACGUCGAUGACGUGGUGACAGGCGCUGAGUCUGUCGAAUCAGCUCUCGACCUUCAGUCUCAGGUGGUUCAGAUCCUAGAGAAAGGAUGUUUCGAACUUCGCAAGUGGUCGAGCAACUGUCCCCGUCUGCUCGAGAAUCUCGACCCAACCCAUUGUCAUAAUAAGUCGCUCUCUUUUGAUUCGGAACCGACAUCUCCUGUUAAGGUGCUCGGCAUGGAGUGGAACCCGUCCAGUGACGCAUUCACUUUCACGGUACCAGGGCACCAUAACAUCGGUGGUGAAUGGAACGAGCUCGGCCUUUGUUCUGCGAUUCUACUGAAGGGCGACGCGCCCAUCAUGAGCGAGAUUAAGAUAGUGUAG